AUGACCGCCUACCUGAGCAAGCAGCAGAGUUGCUUCUCAGAGCUGGAUGGUCAAGAGGACAGAGAGGGACCGAGCUCCUACAGCUGGCUCUCACAGCAGCCUGGAACUCUUCACCACCACUACCAACAUCAGCAUCAGCAGCAGCAGCAGCAUCAUCAUCAUAACCAGCAGUCCGGCCAGCGCUACCAUUACGCUUCAGUGCCGGGAGGUGCCACCCUCCCGCGGAGGGGGGGGCGCCCGGGUGGCUGGCAUCACUCGGACAGCCUGUCCCACAGGAGUCCCAGUCACUUUGCAUCAGUGAGGGCCAAGGGGGGCAGCUGCGACCUGUGGCCUUCAGAGUGUGGCUGCCAUCACAACUGGCACGAGCCCUAUCAGGUAAAACAGGAGCUGUGCUAA